CUCGGACCGUUGCGCGUGCUUCUGUUGUGCGGGCUGAUGAGAAGCAUUCUGGGAAGGGUCUCCCAGGUGGUUUCUGUUAGCAUCCGCUCCCCUUGUCCUCCCUUGAGUCUCCUCUCUCCCACACCUUCCUCGACUGAUCCCUGGAUCUGGAGGUUUGCGGGGUUGGCGGCGGGCGGCCGUAGGGGAGUCGGCUCCAGGCUGACGAAGGGGAAGCGCAGGGCUCCCAGUGAGCCUCCUCCAUCCCGCAGAUAUCAUCGCACUGAUGAUAGGGUCUCAGCGCGUGGCUCCGUCAGCCUCCUGCCUCAGCUCGGAUGUGUUGUGAUGACAGGUGUGAGCCGACACACCUUCCUUCACUGCUGUCUGGAGUUGGGGUGCAAGGGUGAUGUUGAUAGGGUUGUUUGUGGCAUUGACGUAGCUAGUGUCACCGUGCCCUGAAGGUUCUACGACUUAGACCCACACUGCAGGGAACCGGGAUGGGUGGAGAUUUGUCGAGAGCCUGGCUUGUAGAAGGAUAAACGGACCUGUCUGUGCCUUUCCACGAUGCCAAAUUUUACUGAAGGACGAGAAAGUCAUAAGUGUCUCCCAUGGAACCUGCAUGCUAGCUGUCGAGGGAAGCCAGUGACCCUCUGACAGGAUUAGAGGUGCAGGAGCCGUGCCUGGCUUUGUAUAUGAGUGCUGGGAUCCAACUUCAGCCUGACCUCUUGACAGGGACGGAGUGGAAGGUGAGGUCCUGACUCCUUCAGCAAGGCUCCUGACAGGGUUUCAUCCUGUCCUGGAACACAAUAUAGCUUCAAACUGACAAGUCACCGUCCUGUCUCUGCCUCCCAUGUGCUGGAAUCACAAGCCCUGUACAGUGGGGAGAUGGUGACGUUCAGGGACGUGGCCGUGGUCUUCAGUGAGGAGGAGCUGGGGCUUCUGGACGCUGCCCAGAGGAGGCUGUACCACGAUGUGAUGCUGGAGAACGUCAGGAUGCUGCUCGCAGUGGGAGACAAGAGUCUAGAGGAGAUGGGGUCUCUUGACGAAAUGGAAUUGAGGCGCCUGUCACACACUGAGGGGCUUUUCUGCUCACAAAUCUGGCAGCAAGUUACAAGGGAUGUAAGGAAGACUAGAGACCGCAGGGCAAGCAUCGGGGAGACUGGCUCGCCCUUGAACGGAGACGGUGCGCAUCGUGCAAACAAGGAGUACAGCAAACGUUCCAGUCUGAAAUCCGGGCCCCAGCUCCACUGCGGAGUAAACGGUGGUGAAGAACUUUACAGAGAGGAGAGGAGCGGGAAAGACCCUUGGGACCCUCCUCUUCAGGCUAACGGGCGAUCCCCAGCGAGAGAGAAGAGGUAUAGAUGCGAAAAAUGUGACCACUCCUUCUGUCGGCUCUCCGGUCUCCAAGCCCAUCAGGUGAGGCACACCGGGGAGAAACCAUACAAGUGUGAGGAGUGUGGGAAGGGCUUCACUCGGGCCUCCACCCUUCUGGACCACCAGAGAGGUCACACCGGAAACAAGCCCUAUCAGUGCGACGCCUGCUGGAAGAGUUUCUGUCACAGCUCGGAGUUCAACAAUCACAUACGAGUCCACACGGGAGAGAAACCCUAUGUCUGUGAGGAGUGUGGGAAGGGCUUCAGCCAGGCCUCCCAUCUCCUGGCCCACCAGAGAGGCCACACCGGAGAGAAACCCUACAAAUGUAGCGCGUGUGGGAAAGGAUUCAGCCGGAGCUCAGAUCUUAAUGUUCACUGUAGAAUCCAUACCGGGGAGAAGCCCUAUAAAUGUGAGACGUGUGGGAAAGCCUUCAGCCGAGUCUCAAUCCUCCAGGUGCACCAGAGGCUCCACAGUGAAGACAAACCGUACCAGUGCGCACAGUGUGGGAGGGGCUUCACCGUGGAGUCACACCUUCAAGCCCACCAGAGGUCCCACACAGGCGAGAGACCCUAUCAGUGUGAGGAGUGCGGGAGAGGCUUCUGUCGGGCCUCCAAUUUUCUGGCUCAUCGUGGCGUCCACACAGGAGAGAAACCGUAUCGAUGUGAUGUGUGCGGGAAACGCUUCCGGCAGAGGGCCUACCUUCAUGACCACCAGAGGAUCCACACUGGAGAGAAGCCGUACCGAUGCGAGGAGUGUGGCAAAGUCUUCAGCUGGAGCUCAUACCUCAAAGCCCACCAGAGAGUCCACACGGGAGAGAAGCCAUACAAGUGUGAGGAGUGUGGGAAAGGCUUCAGCUGGAGCUCAAGUCUCCUCAUCCACCAGCGGGUCCAUGUGGAGGAUGAGGCUCACAAGGGUUUGCCUGCAUCGGAAGGCUCACAGGGGAGACCGAUGCUAUAAUGUUUUAUUUUAUUUUUAUUUAUUUGUUUUCUGUUUUUUUUUUUUUUAUUGGAUUUGAUUUUUUCGAGACAGGGUUUCUCUGUGUAGCCCUGGCUGUCCUGAAACUCACUCUGUAGACCAGGCUGGCCUCGAACUCAGAAAUCUGCCUGCCUCUGCCUCCCAGAGUGUUGGGAUUACAGGAGUGAGCCACCACCGCCCGGCUGCUAUAAUGUUUUAUAUUCUGAUAUCUCGAGUGGAAGCUGAAAGGUCCCGAUUCUUAGAGUUCUCAAGGGAGACAAAGGAGUUGCAGUAUCAGUGUUUUGACUGGAACAGGCUGCGUUAAAAUGCUUGGGAGACCACAAGCAGAGAAGCCUUGUAAGUUGGAGCCACAUAGACUUCACUCAGACCCUUGACCUUACAGUAACUGAGGGAAAGUUGGGCGUGGUCUGGAGCUAUCUCGAAGGGACCAGAUCUGUUUGUUCCACAGGAGCGACUUUCUUACGUUGCUGGUUGCAACCCCAUUGGAGCUUCAUAACCGUAAGUGGCAGUCAUAAGAUAUUUAGGGACGCUACAAGCUUUCUGCGUGUCCAGUGACAGAAACCUCAGAAUUCAACAGGUAAUAAAUCCUAGGGGCUUCCGCAGCCUCUUCCCCAUGAUGCAACUAUGUGACUUCACUGCAGCCUUCCUUAGAACACACGGCGUGAACCUGCACACGUCACUAUCACCACACACGGGGCCCACGGGCGCCGCUUGAAGUCUCCCUGCUCAGGGCCAGCGUUGCUGUGUUGUCUGCUACAAAUUGUGCCGCUUCCCACUCCACACGUCUCCUGCUCUCCCUGGAGCUUUACUUACGGUCCUCGCCCAGUCUCAUUCUCCAGCGCUUACGCAUCGAGCUAGCUAAGCUGCAGAUGCCCGCGUGUCUCGCGGGAUUUUAGCCAUGACUCCCCUUAACAGAACGUGUUCCAAGGCACUACUGUGCAAAUUUGGUUUCGUGGUUAAUAAAUUAUCACUUACCGAAACUGUUUCAAAAUAUACUUCUUCCCGAUUAAUAGUAAAUGUUCGAGUUGUAGAUCUACAUUGCGUACCUAUAUACCCAAGCAGUGCCUAAGACACCAUUAAGUCAGCCUUGAGAAGGGCAGUCACUUGAAAUUUUUUAUUCUAUCUGCCUGCUGCAGCGGAUGCAGAGUCUGGAGUUUCAUGAAGAGGCUAAAGGAGGAGACAGUUUAAUUCACAUAUGGUCCCUGAAACAAAAGGGAGCUGGAGAGAUGGGUCAGCGGUUAAGAGCACUGACUGCUCUUCCAAAGGUCCUGAGUUCAAAUCCCAGCAACCACAUGGUGUGGCUCACAACCUUCUAUAAAGAGAUCUGACGCCCUCUUCUGGUGUGUGUAAAGACAGAUACAAUGCACUUAAAUAUAACAAAUCUUUAAAUUUUUUUCCAAAAGAAUUAGAAAGCAAGAAAAAUGAAUUACAUUUUUAAAAUUAAUUAAUCUAUUUAUUUUUAUGCCAAAAGUGGUUUCCGAGCCAGCUAUGGAGCACAGUGACCAUUUCCAACUUGAGUCUAAAGUCAAUGAAAUAAACACAAGAGAUCAGUUGAUUGAAAAGACAAUGAUGGGAAACAAGCCAAUUAGAGGCAAGCUCUCCGUGAAUAGGCAACAGCUUCCAUCAUUUCUUGUAAAGAAGAAGCACAGGCUGAGAAACUUCAGGAGACCAAGGAGAA